ACAAUCAAUUCACGGGCCGUGUUUGUUUUAAAUUAGGCAUAAAUUAAUAGUAACAAAUACAAUUAAACAAGUGUAAUAGUGAAUGUGCACAAUAGACAAGUGAACGCGCCAGUUAGAGACGUUUGGAGGACAUGUCUCUCGCCAGCAUCUAAUAUUCAGUGCAAAAAAUUUGGUUGUGCCUGCAUCGAGAGGGGGAAAAUGAGACUUUAACAACAACAACAACAACAACAACAGCAGCAGCAGCAAUAGCAACAACAACAACAUCAUCGCAGCGGCCAUCAAUAAAACAACGAAAGCAACGUUAAGCGAUAUAAGCGUAGGGCACGCACAUAACGCAAGUUAAUUUGAAGUUGCCAUUUAUACUUUUAUUUUGCGGAGUCUGGGGCGGCAGCAACUGCGGUUAGGCACGCCAGUCGGUUGCAGCUUCAGUUACAACAGCAGCAGCAGCUCAUCAAUAUUCCAAAAAGCAAUUGUGCCAGGCAGCGGCGGCAUCAAUUCAUCAAUUAUUCAAAAUGACCGAAGACGAAAUUCUCUUUGACGAUGUUUACGAGCUGUGUGAGGUCAUUGGCAAAGGUCCUUUCUCCAUUGUGCGGCGCUGCAUACACAGAGAGUCGAAUCAACAUUUUGCUGCCAAAAUUGUUGAUGUGGCCAAAUUUACAGCCAGCCCAGGUCUAAGCACAGCGGAUCUGAAACGUGAAGCCACAAUAUGUCACAUGCUAAAGCAUCCGCACAUUGUCGAGCUACUGGAGACCUACAGCUCCGAGGGCAUGCUCUACAUGGUCUUUGAAUUCAUGGAAGGAUCCGAUUUGUGCUUUGAGGUUGUCAGGCGUGCCGUUGCCGGUUUUGUCUACAGUGAAGCAGUCGCUUGUCACUACAUGCGUCAGAUAUUGGAAGCACUGCGCUAUUGUCAUGAGAAUGACAUUCUGCAUAGAGAUGUGCGUCCAGCUUGCGCGCUGCUGGCGACUGUGGACAAUUCGGCACCUGUGAAGCUGGGUGGCUUCGGCUCGGCAAUACAAUUGCAGGCGGGCAGAGAAACCUUAGAAACACAUGGACGCGUUGGCUGUCCGCACUAUAUGGCGCCGGAGGUGGUCACCAGGCGACUCUAUGGCAAGGCUUGCGAUAUUUGGGGUGCGGGCGUAAUGCUGCAUGUGCUGCUAUCCGGACGUUUGCCCUUCUUAGGCUCCGGCGUGCGUUUGCAGCAGUCAAUAGCGCGCGGCAGGCUAUCGUUUGAGGCGCCUGAGUGGAAAUCAAUUUCGGCAAAUGCCAAGGAUCUAGUCAUGAAAAUGUUGGCAGCAAAUCCACAUCACAGACUAUCCAUACUCGAGGUGCUGGAGCAUCCAUGGAUACGCGAUCGCGACAAGCUGCAGCGCACGCAUCUGGCGGACACGGUGGAGGAACUGAAGCGUUAUAAUGCAAGACGCAAGCUCAAGGGCGCAGUGCAGGCAAUUGCAGGUGGCACCAACAUGGAACCGCUAUACGCCAGCGAUGCGGACAUGCCCAUAGCUGGUGCGCCGGAUGAGUGGGACGAUGAGGAGGCGGGCAUUGAGGCUGUGCAGCGUAUAUUGGACUGCUUGGAUGAUAUUUACUCGCUGCAGGAUGCACAUGUCGAUGAGGAUGUGUUGCGGGAUAUGCUGCGCGAUGUGCGCUUGCAACAAUUCUUGCAACUUUUCGAUCGCAUUAGCUCCUCGGUUAUAACAACCAAUGGCCGUGCGCCUAGCGCGGAGGCUGUUGCGCGCAGUCGCGAUAUUUUGGAGCUGCUGUCAUCGGUGGGCGUUAGUGCGGGCAAUAAGUAUGCCAAGGAUGAGCUGAUGCAGCUGCUCGCCUCACCCCAUCUACAGGUAAGCAAAAUCCAGCACGAGCCGGAAACCAAGUGCCCAAGCACACAAAAAAUGUGUCAACGACAUGCGCUGCUGCAUACACAUGAUGUUGUCGCCCGGGAUGUUUAUGGCGAGGAGGCGCUGCGCGUCACACCGCCGCCAAUGGUGCCCUAUCUCAAUGGCGAUGAGCUGGACAGCGUCGAGGGCGGCGAGCUGCAGCAUGUGACACGCGUGCGUCUUGUGCAGUUCCAGAAGAACACCGACGAGCCAAUGGGUAUUACGCUGAAGAUGACGGAGGAUGGACGCUGCAUUGUGGCGCGUAUUAUGCACGGCGGCAUGAUACACAGGCAGGCCACGUUGCAUGUGGGUGAUGAGAUACGUGAAAUUAAUGGUCAGCCAGUGCAGCAUCAGUCUGUGGGUCAAUUGCAACGAAUGCUGCGUGAGGCACGCGGUUCGGUUACCUUUAAAAUAGUUCCUUCAUACCGCAGCGCACCGCCGCCAUGUGAGCUUUUCAGGAUAAGACCCGCUCCAGUGCUUAUUUUUGUGCGCGCUCAAUUCGAUUAUAAUCCGCUGGAUGAUGAGCUUAUACCCUGCGCACAAGCGGGCAUUGCAUUCCAAGUAGGCGACAUACUGCAGAUCAUUAGCAAGGACGAUCAUCAUUGGUGGCAGGCGAGACUGGAUACGGUUGGUGGCUCGGCUGGACUGAUACCAUCGCCGGAGUUGCAAGAGUGGCGCAUUGCCUGCCAGACUGUUGAUAAGACCAAGCAGGAGCAGGGAGAACCGGGUGCUGGAUGUUCCGCUCACGCAGAUGGGUGUGAUGGAUCCACAGUGAAUUGUUCAAUAUUUGGACGCAAGAAGAAACAAUGUCGGGAUAAAUAUUUAGCUAAACAUAAUGCCAUAUUCGAUACGCUCGAUGUGGUGACAUACGAAGAGGUUGUUAAAGUGCCAGUAGGCGAUCCCAACUUUCAGCGCAAGACUUUGGUGCUAUUGGGUGCACAUGGUGUUGGUCGCAGGCAUAUAAAAAAUACUUUAAUAUCUAAGUAUCCCGACAAGUAUGCGUAUCCCAUACCACAUACAACGAGACCUGCUAAGCCAGAGGAGGAGAAUGGACGCAGCUAUUAUUUUGUUUCACAUGAUGAAAUGAUGGCAGACAUUGGCGCCAAUGAAUAUUUGGAAUAUGGCACACAUGAGGAGGCUAUGUAUGGCACCAAGCUGGACACCAUAAGACGCAUACACACUGAGGGCAAGAUGGCCAUACUGGAUGUGGAGCCACAGGCACUGAAAAUAUUGCGCACUGCUGAAUUUACGCCCUAUGUGGUGUUCAUAGCGGCGCCCUCGCUGCAGAAUAUAGCCGAUUAUGAUGGCAGCUUGGAGCGCUUGGCCAAGGAAUCGGAUAUGCUGCGUCAGCUGUACGGACAUUUCUUUGAUUUGACCAUUGUGAACAACGAUAUAAGCGAGACGAUUGCCACAUUGGAGACGGCCAUUGAACGCGUUCAUACUACACCACAAUGGGUGCCAGUGUCUUGGCUCUAUUGACAAGACAGUGAGCUGGAAUGCCCCGAUUGCCUCGAUGGCUGCGAAUGCGAGUGGGAUGCGUAUACACAGGCGGCCAACAAUGUGGCGCUCUACUGAGUCACACAUACACAUACACACACUCAUACACCAUUAAAGUAUUAACAAGGCACAAAUGCAACACAGUCACACACAGAACGGCGCUUGGCGCUUAGUUAUUUACAUACAUACACUACAAUAUGGAAAAGGGUAUUAUAUUUGGGAAACUGCAGUCGCAAACGCAAAGACAACUUGUUAAUUUUAUAUAUUGAUUUACUAAAAGCUUAGUUCAUUAAGUAUUACAUUCCACACACACGAAAAUCUGUGUCUGUUUAUCGUUUGUAUUGUUUUAUUUAUAUGCAGUUCAUUGCCAGUCAGCGUUAAGCGCUUGUAUUUGUUUAAGUUAAGCAUAAAAUAUUUACAACAUAUGUUUUUGUCUUGAAAAGCGAGCGUCGAACGUCGAGUUAGGAACUUAUUAAAAGCAACUACGUAAUUAAAUUUAACACAAAAACAUAGAACAAAUAAAAGGGUCAAAAUAAAAUGUAUAAUGUGAGCAAU